AUGGCUGAGCCCGGUCCCGCGGUGCGGAGGAAGAGCCGCCCCGGCUCUGUCCGCAAGCGGAGCCGGGCCCCGGCGCAGCCGAGCCCCGUCAGCUCGCCCGUGGCUCCCAAGAGACGGAGCUCCGGUGGCGAGGAGCCCCCGGCGGAGACGCCGUGUAGCAAUGAUAGUGAAGAAGAUAUGUUUGGCGACUAUGACAGCUUUUAUGGAAGUGAUUCUUUGCUAGCUCAAGUUGAUGAUAUAGAGCACAAAUACCUGCAGGAUAAAAGUAUGGAUGUUAAAGCAGCUGGAGAAGUCAUACUUGGGAAUCUUCAGCCAGGAACUCACCAGAAAAAAAAAGAUAAUUUUUCUACUUCAGAAAAUACGGUUGUCCUUCAAGCUGACAAAGAGGAUGCUUUCCAAAUGAAUGAAAGUGACAUGGUGGAUAGCAAUCAAGAACCAACUGAAUCUAUUUUAGAUGACUUGCCAUCAUCACAACUUUUGUAUUUUGAGAAAACGGAUGAACUUUCUUCUGGUUCUAGAACAUCUCCGGUCUCAGAAAGGAGGAGUAAAGGUGUGACUUCUUCCUCAGACAAAAUCAGGAGUCCAUCAUCUUUUUGUCCUGAUGCUGAACACAGGAGCAGACCUACUGACUUUUCCUCAGACUCCAAGUGUGAUUUAUUUAAAACUGAGAGUCUUAAAGAUCAUCUGAAAAGCGCUAUGACUGGAAAUGCCAAAGCCCAGACUCUGCAGGUCUCUAAGACCAAGCAGCUUAAAGAAGCUCUUUUAUCCGAAGAGAUUUGCGUUGCUAGGAAAACUAUUGAAUCUUCUUAUGUUGACAUAGGCCCUUUUUAUGGAUUACCUAGCAAAGUUAAAGAUCUCUUCAGACAAUUUCGAGGGAUUGAAACGCUUUAUGAAUGGCAGCAUGAUUGUUUAAUGUUAGAAUCUCUACAGCACAGAAAGAAUUUAAUAUACUCAUUGCCAACCAGUGGUGGAAAAACACUUGUAGCUGAAAUAAUAAUUCUCCAAGAAUUACUCUGCAGGCAGAAAGAUGUUCUGAUGAUCCUGCCAUAUGUUGCUAUUGUCCAGGAAAAGGUCUGGAUACAGGGUUUAUCGAGUUUUGGGAUAGAAUUGGGUUUCCUGGUUGAAGAAUACGCAGGAAGUAAAGGAAGAUUUCCACCAAUCAAGAGGAGAAAAAAAAAGUCUCUUUAUAUUGCUACUAUAGAAAAAGGACACGCUCUAGUGAACUCCUUAAUUGAAACAGAAAGAAUUGAUGACCUCGGUCUGGUUGUAGUAGAUGAGUUGCAUAUGCUUGGUGAGGGAAGUCGUGGAGCAACACUGGAAAUUACCCUUGCGAAAAUUCUUUACACUAGUAAAAACACGCAAAUCAUUGGAAUGAGUGCAACUUUAAAUAAUGUUGGAGACCUGCAGAAGUUCUUGCAAGCGGAGUACUAUACUAAUAAUUUUAGACCGGUAGAAUUAAAGGAAUACGUAAAGAUACGAGACACCAUUUACGCAGUUGACAGCAAAACAGAAAAUGGCUUUACUUUUUCACGUCUCCUUAAUUUCAAGUAUUCUAGUAAUCUGGAGAAAGCAGAUCCUGACCACAUCAUUGCACUGGUUACUGAAGUUAUUCCUAAGUAUUCCUGCCUAAUCUUUUGUCCCACUAAAAAGAAUUGUGAAAAUGUGGCUUCAAUGGUGUGCAAGUACCUCAAGAAAGAAUUUAGAGCUCACAGGGAGAAAGAGAAACAAGACCUCAUCAAGAACCUAAAGAGUAUUGGAAAUGGAAGUGUCUGUCCUGUUCUGAAGCAAACAAUCCCUUUUGGUAUUGCCUAUCACCAUAGUGGCCUUACAAAUGAUGAAAGAAAAAGCAUAGAGGAAGCAUAUUCUACAGGUGUCCUGUGUCUGCUUGCUUGCACAGCUACUUUAGCUGCUGGAGUUAACCUGCCAGCUAGAAGGGUUAUUCUCAGAGCUCCUUAUGUUGCUAAUGACUUCCUGAAGAAGAACCAGUACAAACAAAUGAUUGGCAGAGCUGGUCGAGCUGGUAUUGACAGUGCUGGAGAAAGUAUUCUCAUAGCGCAAGAAAAAGACAAACACUUGGUUCAGGUUUUAGUUAACAGUCCUUUGGAGAAUUGUUACAGCAAUCUUCUGCUGGAGUUGACCAAGGGAAUGCAGAGCCUGUUGUUAUCUUUGGUUGGACUGAAGAUAGCAGUUACCCAUGAGGAAGUCGACAAUUUUAUGUGCAGUACAUUGCUGGGUGUUCAGCAGCAGCUGCUGUCUAAAGAGAAGAGCCUCUCGGAAAUAAUUAAAGAUGGGCUAGAAAACCUAAUAGAAAAAGGACUCCUAAAAGGAAGAAUAUCUGAGAAGGACCACAAUUCAAAAUGUACGCUAACAAUCACACCGUUGGGUAAAGCUACAUAUAAAGGGUCUAUAGACUUGGCAUACUGCAAUCUUCUUUACAGAGAAUUGAAGAAGGGUUUGGAAGGGCUGAUUCUUGAGAGCAAUCUUCAUCUUCUAUAUCUGGCAACUCCAUAUGAUAUGACUUCUAACUGUAGCCCAGAUUGGAUGAUAUACUUGAGACAGUUCAACCAGCUAAGUGCAGCAGAGCAAAAAGUAGCGGAUAUUGUGGGAGUACCUGAAAGCUUUAUUACAAAAAAGGCUUCUGGUCAAGCCAUCAGAAAGAAUGUGGACAGCGCUGUGGUAAACAGGCUCUACCUGUCAUUUGUCCUUUAUACCCUACUGAAAGAGACCAAUAUAUGGAGCGUUUCAGAGAAAUUUAAUAUGUCCCGAGGAUAUGUGCAAAAUCUCCUUAAUUCUGCUGCCUCAUUUGCCUCCUGUGUUCUACAUUUCUGUGAGGAAUUGGAAGAAUUCUGGGUUUAUAAAGCCUUGCUGACAGAACUUACCAAGCGGUUGACAUACUGUGUUAAGACAGAGCUCAUCCCUCUGAUGGAGGUAGCAGGGGUUCUAGAGGCACGAGCAAAACAGCUUUAUAAUGCAGGAUACAAAACUUUAGCACACUUGGCUAAUGCAAAUCCAGAAACUCUGGUCAAGAUGAUUGAGCACUUGUCACGACGUCAAGCCAAACAAAUUGUUUCAUCUGCACAGAUGCUGCUGAGUGAAAAAGCUGAGGCUUUACAAGAAGAAGUUGAAGAACUCUUAAAAGUGCCUACAGAUAUCCCAGGGACCUACUGACCAACUGUCAUGAAGAAAAAAUCAUGAAUCCAUAAAUUGGGAUAUUUUUAAAUUUUUAACUUUCCUGUGUAAAACUGCUGACACAUGUGCUUGAGUGAGCUACUCCAAAAUUCCUACUUGCAGGAAUCUCUGUACUCUAGGUGUAGCUAAUAGAAGGAGAGAAACAGAAUCGCAAUUCAUAACAAAGAAGUUGUCCCGGAGUUGUGUAAGAAACUGUAAAUGAUGCCUAGUUUAAGCCUCGUUAAACGAUGCAAAUAUCAAA